GUUUCGGGCCAGUUUCAAGCAUGGCGGACGCGGUCGCCGCGCCCGACGUCGACGGGACCGCGGUGCACAACUCGAACAGCGCGGCGCUGCAUUUACUCGACCAGUACGUCGAGGAUGGAAUGCUCACGCCCAUGCAAGCAGCUACUUACAAGGACAAGUACACCAAGCUCUCGUCGUAUGUGCUGGAAACCUACAAGCGCGAGAAGGAGUUGCUCAAGAAGGCCAAGCAGCUCAACGGCGAGCUCCUCUCAGAGAAGAUCCGACUCGAGAAGCAGAGCAUUCGCAAGAGCGAGGAGCUCGCAAUGAACUCCAAUUUGGAGAAAGAAAAGGAAAAAGCCAGCAAGGAGCUCGCCGACUGCGUCGACCGCGAGACGAUCUUGACGUACGAGAUCACCGAGCUCCAGCGCGAGCACGCUGAGCUCCUCACGCGCAAGGAGGACAUGCUCGCCGAGAACGCGCGCCAGGUCGAGCCCGAAGUGCGCAAGAUGACGGACGAGAUCGCGCGGCUCGGGGACGAGGCUGCGCAUAUCUCGGCCGACAUCCACAAGGAAGAGCGGCGCAAGAACGACUUGGUCGCGCGCUGCGAGAGCUUGCGGGUCGCCAACGAUGCGCUCGAUGCGGCCAACAACGCAGAGAAAAAAGUGCUCGCCAAGCUCCGGGGCGACCCCGAGCGCAUCUCGAAGCAAGCUGACGUCGUGGCAAAGGCGGUCGAGAACCUCGAGCACGAGAUCAAGCGGAUUCAAGAUCGACUAAGUGUCGUCAACACGCAGUGCACGACCCAGGACGAGAAGCGCAAGGAGGCCGACGAAGUGCAGAAAGAGCUCAACCACAAGCUCGACGUGCACCGCGAUACGAUCGACCAGCGCCAGCGCGACGUCGACCACGUGAGCUUGCUCCUUACCGACGAGCGGCAGACGCACGCGACGCGUCUUGGCGAUCGUGCGCGCCUCGAUCUUGCGCUACGCAGCGCUGAGAUGACGAGUCGGCGCGAGACGGACAGGCAGAGCUCGCUUAUCAAAGAGUUUGACCGGCUCAAGAAGACGCUCAAGAAGAAAACCGUCCAAGUCGAUAGCGCCAAGAGCCUCUUGCCCAACCUCGAAGUGCAAGUGACGGACGCCGAGCACCAAGUGCGUGCGAUCCAAGCUGAAAACAAAAAGAUGGCCGCCGACCACGUCGACCUCAAGCAAGACGUCGACGUGCUCAUUGCGCGCCUCUUCAAGCUCGAUACGAUCGAGAAAGCCAAGGUCGAUGAGCUCCAAUCGCUCUCGCAGCGCGUCAAGGACUACGAGACCGAGCUCGGUCAGUGGGUCGCAGAGGAGGCCAAGCAGACCAAAAUCCUCGCGCUCCUCAGCGCCCAGCGCGAGAUGAAGGCGCGCGCCGCGUCGACCGCGAUCGACAAUGAAAAGGCGACGCAGCAAGAGCUCAAGAUGAAGGAGCUCGUGAUCCUCGACUUUGCGAAAAAGUGCAACGAGACCAACAACCGCCUCAAAGAGUUCUCGGCGCUUUACGACAUUGUCAAGAACGAGCGCAACAAGUAUGUGAAUUUGAUCCAAGCGAGCUCCCAAGCGCUGGCCGAGAUGAAGGAGAAAAUCAAAAUUCUGCACAACGAGGUCGAAGUGCUCCGGAACGAGAGUGUGGCCAAAGACAAGGCGCUCACGAAAGAGCGGCUCGCACACCAAACCGCGCAAUGCAGCCGCGACAGCCUUCGCCUCGACACGAACAAAUGCCACGAGCUCUACCGCAUCAAGCAAGAGCAAGUCGAGCAGCAAAUCGUCCAGAUCGACAAACUCAACUCGAUCAUCAACGUCACCGAGAAGGACAUGCUCCGGCUCAAAAAGCAGUACGAGAUCGCGGUCGAAGCGCGCAACUCGACCGGCGUCCAGCUCAUUGACCGCAACGACGAGCUCUGCAUUUUGUAUGAGAAAUGCAACAUCCAGGCCAAGACGCUCACGGACGGUGAGCUCGCGAUCCAGGAGAAGGAGCAGCAGAGCCGCAUGCUCCAUAUCAAGCUCCUCGACAUGGAGCGGCAGAUUGAAACGAUUCGCAAGAAAGUGCCGCUCGUGCCAGAGUACGCGAGCAAGGUCCUCUCGAUCCAGCACGAGCUCAAGCAAGAGCGGAUCGUGACCGAGAUGAUGUGCCGCGACCUCGAGACGCCCAAGAACGCCGAGCGGUGGCGACCCCUCGACGGUGACGACCCGGACGAGGAGCAGCUCAGCGCCAAACUCGCGUUCCUUGAAGAUCGGUUCAACCUCAAGAAGGAAAUGCUGCUCGAGAAGGAGCUCGUGCUCGAGGAGGUCACCAACCUCUCGGACAAGCUGCGCGCGCAGGCGGCGGACGGCCGCGGCGACACGCUCCAGCUCGCCAAGAAGGUCAACACGUUCCAGGUCAAGAUCAAGGAGACGACGCGCAAGAUGAUGGCGACCGUCUCCGAACUCUCCAUGUUUCAAGCCACCGCCAUGAAGCUCCAGCAAGAAAAGCACGACCACGAAGCGGCUUUCGACGAAGCGAAGUGGAACUUUGAGAACGGGCGGGCGCCCAACACGCAGUGCGAGCACGAGUGGUACCGACUCGAGGCCGCGCGAUUGGCCCGCGACGACCGCCGCGCGCUCACACCGCUGCUCGUCCCGUCGCAGAUCACGCGCACGACAGCCGAGCCGCGCCCGAACGCCUAUGUGCCAGACGAACUCGGCAUUCCCAAGCCGUACGGUGGCGCGGCGCCGUUCAAACCCACGCUCACAGGCUCUACGAUGCGUCACAUUCGGCCACCGCAGCGCCGAGACAUUGAAAUAUAAUCGAACGAUCCUAGCAUACGA